AUGGAAGGAGCGAAAGAAACGGAUAAUCCCUUGACCGAUGUGACGAGAGUUUACGAUUGGGCACGUGAAGCUACCAGUAUUCCAGAUUUAAAGUUCCUCAACUUCAAUGACCCUGAGUCCCGACCAAACCAGAAGUUAAAGUUCCUCAACUUCAAUGACCCCGAUUCCCGACCAAACCAGAAGUUAAAGUUCCUCAACUUCAAUGACCCCGAUUCCCGACCAAACCAGAAGUUAAAGUUCCUCAACUUCAAUGACACAGAGUCCCGACCGAACCAGAAGUUAAAGUUCCUCAACUUCAAUGACACAGAGUCCCGACCGAACCAGAAGUUAAAGUUCCUCAACUUCAAUGACCCCGAGUCCCGACCAAACCAGAAGUUAAAGUUCCUCAACUUCAAUGACCCCGAGUCCCGACCAAACCAGAAGUUAAAGUUCCUCAACUUCAAUGACCCCGAGUCCCGACCAAACCAGAAGUUAAAGUUCCUCAACUUCAAUGACAAUGACACCGAGUCCCGACCAAACCAGAAGUUAAAGUUCCUCAACUUCCAAGAUUCUCAGACAAAACAGCCAAACGUUAAAUCAAAAAUGAAAGAAUGA